AUGAAAUUUUUACAAGUCCACUGCUUCGAUGGACAAUUGCACUGGGUUCGAACGGAAGAGUACUACAUAAACCACGAAAAAGAUGUCAUCAUAGAAAGUAUGAGCCUUGAAGAAUGCAGAGCGAUUUGCCAGGAAAAUCUCAUUGGAGAAGAAAGAUUCCCAUGCAGAGCCUUCGUUCACAAUGCUGUCAGGAGCGAAUGCCAUUUGACAGCGGAUGCCGGGUAUACUGGAAGGCGAGGGAGUUCGUUCAAUUUGAAGCCGAUUUCAAGUGGAGAAUACUUUGAGAAGUACUGCUUGCAAGUGUCAUUCACUUGUCUUGAGGCAUCAUUCGAGCAGGUCCCAGACAGAAAAAUGGCUUCAGCUCCGUACAAGGAGUUUGGCUCUACGAGUGUGCACAGCUGCUUAGCAGGGUGUUUGGAGGAUGGCGCGCAAUGUACUACUGCUGUAUUCAAUUACGAAAAGGUGCGUUGGAUGAGGGGAUUCAUUAAAGGCCAAGUGCAAGCGGGUCCAAGCACUAGCGUGCUCCUU